AUGAUAGAUCACUACAACAUCGGGACCUCAAGUAAGAAGGGCAGCGUGGACGAGGACAUCACACAUGUAGUGUCUCUGCUCAACAGCUGUGAGGAAUACUUCACCACCAGCUCCUGCUCCGGUAGACUCAUCCUCAUCGACGGGGCUUCAGAGAGCAGCGAUGUUCACAAACAGAAUUGUGUUUGGCUGUUUGCGCACCAGAAAUGCAAAUCUGAUGACCUGAUGUGUGGUCUUUCCAGGUCCGGAGGAGAUGCAGUGUUUAGUUUGAGGCCCUUUGUCCUCCAUGGUUCACACUCGGCGGCCAUCAACUCAGGCUUCAGGAACUCUGGUCUCACCGUCAGCAAGACAGGAAAAAUCAUCACGGCCGUCCGCAGCACCCACGGCCUGGAGGUUCCUCUCAGCCACGAAGGAAAGCUCCUGGUUGAUCAUGAGUACAUCCACUUCCUAACUCAGAUAGCCAAUCAGAAGAUGGAGGAGAACCUUAGACGGAUCCACAGGUUCUACCAGAAUCUCCAGUCAGCCCUGCCUCCAGAGAAACUACAAAUCCCAGAUCCUCCCAUCUCACAGGAAGCACAAGACACCAGACUGGAGACAGAAAAGGGGGAAGAAGAAGACGAAGAAAAGGAUGAGAAGAACAAAACAAGUGUGUACAAACGGAGGCGGAAGAGAGAACGACACCAUUGGACUGACUGUUGCCAUGGUGACGGGUCCGGCAUUGUGCCGGAGCUAGGCGACUGUCUGGAUCUAUUCACAUGAAGCAGCGGCUCUGCAGACAUUCUGACAUGCUCCUGUCAUCGCUGACAGGAUAAUAGUGCAGAUUAUUUCGAGUUUUAUUUCUGGGGGUUGGGGCCUGUAUCGGGAUCGCCAUGGUAACCUACCUGCUCUGGAGCAGCUUCAAGUCAACAGACGAGUUUAAUAUGAGUAAACGGGUAUACAGCUCUGUGCACCGCGUUGUGGCUCUCACUCAGUUAUUCUUUCAACAUCCUGAAUGCACGAUCUCAGACACAAGACUAGUCGUAGUCCUGUUAGUUGUGUGCCUUCUGUAAGCUUUAAGUGAAAGCUUGUGAUGCCAUGAAAUAAGAGUGCACUGAUGAUACUGUGUGGAAGCUGUUUAUUAAUGCUAUGUCUCAGUGUUACCACUGGAGGGCAGCAGUGCUUCUUGUAUUAGAACUCCAACUACUAGGUUCUCAGUUUAGGCUAUUUAUUCUGUGUUUAGUCACAUUCACUGGACUGAGUUGACCUUUUGUAUAAAUAUGAUGAAUGAAUGUAAAACAAGAUUUAUACCCUCCUGGUUGAUUUUACAAAGGUCAAGGCCAAAUGAGAUCUGAAAUCUGUCCGUCUCCAGGUUGGUAAUCCAGCCUUGUAAAUUUAAAGAAGUUGAUCGUAGUAACAUAUCCACAGGGAGUUAUCACCAACACUGCAGUUCCUCUCAGCUCCUUUAGUCUCUCUUAGCUAACCAGUUUGGUUUGUCGCUCCACUCACAUCAACCUGGUUUCCAGCAGCAGCAGGCAGCUAUUGUGAAUACGCUCUGAUAAACCCACUGUACUCCGCCUGCUCAGCAGUGACGUACACAGGCUUUUCGGAGGCAGGUGCUCAAACAAAACAAAAAAAGGGCACCCCUCAUAGUUAUUUAUAGAAAAUAAAUUUACAUACAGUAGCCAUAUUUUACCUACUUGCAUAUUUAUUUCAAUACCCAUGCAGUCAUGCAGAUGUUUAUUACUCAACAGUUGAUGGAUGCGAUUUUGGCCCAGCAGAGUGAUACAAAUAAACAUGACAUAAACAUCUUGUUGUUCACUUUCCAGAUAAAUUAUGAAUUGUGAUGUAAAAAUAUCCCAAUAAAAAAAGAAAUAAUAAAAUAAAAA